CAGUACAGAAGUCGUCACGACGGACCUCCGACACGCACGACGACGAGACGUCGUGUGGUAACACACACGACUGACGGAGAGAGACGACGUAGGACGUCGCGGAACCCUUGCAGAUUCUCCGCUCGAUCAUCCAAAAAUGGCAGGAAUAAAGAGCUUGGUGGCUUUGGCUUUCUCUGCUUCAAUUGGAAUUCUACUGGUGGUGUUAUCAUGUGCCCUGCCAACAUGGGGACAACAAUGGUGGCCCAUGUUUGUGGUGACAUUCUAUGUGCUAUCUCCAGUACCUAUGUUAAUAGGUAAUCGCCUAUCUAAUACAGACAGUCUAGGAGCAGCCAGUAGUGCACUGCGUGAGUUAUGUAUCUUUCUAACAACUGGCAUCGUAGUCUCUGCAUACGGACUGCCUCUAGUCUUUGCACACACUGAAGUGAUCGACUGGGGACCUGCCUUGCUGGUCUUAGCUGGGAAUACAUGGUGUUUUGUCACAAUUCUAGUGUUUUUUAUUGUUUUCAAUCGCAAUGACGAUUUUGAAUUUCAAGUUUGGUGAGAGGUUGUCUUUUUAGCAAGCCUUUACAUGUAAGUUCUUUGUAGAUAUGCGGGAAAGAUGUUUAUUUGAAGAUUAUUUGUUACAGAUAGUAACACGCCAUGUAAUCGGAUUUCUAGAUACACUGUUGCAUAUUUUGGUUAUGAUUUUGUACUGCAUGCAUACAGUACAUGUAUUUAUUCAGAAGCAUGGUUUUAAUGCAAUUGCAGGACUUGUAGUGUAUUGUGUUUCAAAAGCCCCUUUCACACUAGAGCAAUUAAGCAAGGGUCCCUUGCUUAAUUGUAGCAUGGUUAGAAACAUUUACAAAAUAUAUAUUGUACCUCUUGUGAAAGGACGGGAAAAAAAAUGCUGUCAUUAUAAAUGAUUGAGUGGAAAUCAAUUAAACUAUGAACUAAAUACAUUGGAUUUCAUUUCAAGGAGAUCAUUAAUUUUUUUUAAAUUGUCAACAGUAUAAAUAGACGUUUAAAAAGAAAACAUUUCUCUACGAAACUGCAUGUACUUAAAGCAAAGACAAAUUCUGAAAAUUAGUGACUUGUAUUUAUUGAAUAUAAUGUAUAACGUGCAUGCAUGUGAAUUUUAAAAGAGAGCAUGGCAUACAGUAAGCCAGAAUGUACAUGUCGGUGAACACUUUUUGCUCCUUAAUGAAUAGCAUACCAAUAUUGGAUGUACAUAAUAUGAGUGCAAUGGUAAGGAUAUUUCAUGAGUUGAACGAUGGAAUUUUCUGUUCAACAAAUGAAAAAAUGUUCUCCAUUGUACGAAUGCAAAACAUUCGUAAUUUGUUUUAUGUAACCAAAAAAAAGUAGUUUUUGUCAUUCAAAUAAAACUAAAAGAAAAAAACAAACUGUAAAUAUAAUUUUUUUUUUUUAAACAUAGAUUACAAGGGUAUUUUGUACUGCUGCGUAAGGCAUGGUAUAGUCUGGCAUGCAGUACUAAAAAAAAGGAAAGGACGAUUUAGACUCUAUCGAACAUGACUUUACUAUUCAAAUACCUGCCCACACCACACAUGGCGUCUGUGAGCGUGUGCGUCUACAUGUGCUUGCAUGUGCCAUACAAAUCAAACCGGGAACGCUGCGUGAAUCAUUGAUGUAUGCCCUACAAUUUGGCCACUUUCAUAGCAACAAAGGGGUUAUUGCCUAAAUAACAUUUAAUGCAGGGUUUACAUGUAUGACUUAGGCAGGGUAUAAUGGUUUAAUAAAUGAACGCCAAAUGAUCAACAAUCCUCUAAUCAAAUGAAAAAGAUCUACUGGGUCCUAGCUCUAUGCUGGGACAUAAUAGACAAUAAACAGUGCUUGUGUAGUGCUAUUCCAAAGAGCAUGAUCAAGGCGCUAUACAAUGAAAUCAUUACGAAAACAAUAUACACAAAAAUUGUAAUAGAAAAAGCAAAUAACAUUUCAUAUAACAUUUCAUAUUUCCAAAAAAAGCAUCAUCGUCAAGUUAAUGUUUAGUUUAAUUAAUGCCUACUUGCAAAUAAAACAUUUGGACCUAACUAGAACAUGGUGACUAAUCAUUUAGUGACAAUGUAGCUCUGUUUAAUACCCAGACUUUGCAGAUUCACCAAUUAUUCAUUUUAUUGUGCAUUAAAAUGUAAAACAAGUAUGAAGAUGUUUUUAUAGAAGUAGUUGUAUGUGUGUUAACCAGGGAAAUGUGAAUUAUGUGAUCAAUUGAGGACAUUACUUGGGGUCGAAAGAGUUAGGACAAGUCCUAACUUUGGAGUAGUCCUAAGAGAGUCCUAAGCUAGGACAAGUAACUCGUCCUAACUCGAGAUAAGACUAGUCUUAACUUUGGACUAGUCCUAGGAGAGUCCUAAGCUA